UUUGGACGUGCAAGCAAGAGAGUAUAUAAAAGACUCCAAAAUGCAGGCUCGAUUUCUCUCUCUUGGCCUUUACUGUGUUGAAGAAGAAGAAAAAAAAUAAGGGUUGUAGAGGAGAGAGGCGGGGGCGGCCGUUUCGAAUCGGAUCUACCUCGAAGCUGUUACCAUUUCUCAUUGCUAUUUCCGUCCGAUCGCCUCUUUCAUCGGGAAAAACAGGAGUUUAGCAGGUUUUAGGUUCUAGCGUUGUUGAAGCGUCAUGGCUUCGAAGCGUAUCUUGAAGGAACUGAAGGAUUUGCAGAAGGAUCCUCCUACUUCCUGCAGCGCUGGUCCUGUGGCUGAAGACAUGUUCCAUUGGCAAGCGACAAUUAUGGGGCCACCUGAUAGCCCAUAUGCGGGAGGUGUAUUUUUGGUUACUAUUCAUUUUCCUCCAGAUUAUCCUUUCAAGCCCCCCAAGGUUGCUUUUAGGACCAAGGUCUUCCAUCCAAACAUCAACAGUAAUGGAAGCAUUUGCCUCGAUAUUCUUAAGGAACAAUGGAGCCCAGCUCUUACGAUUUCAAAGGUCCUGCUCUCUAUCUGCUCAUUGCUUACCGACCCUAAUCCUGACGAUCCUCUUGUACCCGAGAUUGCCCACAUGUAUAAGUCAGACAGGGCCAAAUAUGAAACCACUGCACGCAGCUGGACUCAGAAGUAUGCCAUGGGAUGAUAAUUUUCGGGAUUCAAGUUUUAGAAGUUAUUAUGCACAACCCUUGACACAUGCGGUUGUCUACAAAAUUAGACAGGCAAUGGCAUUACCAACUUCUCUCUUCCGGCCUGGCUUGAUUAUGUUUAAGGGUGUUUGAUUCAUGUUAUGUUUGAUAUCUCAAUAAACUAUUUUUUAUUAAAAGCAUUAACUUGAAGUUGCAGUCUUGCAAGAAAUGUAAGUGUUAAUUUAAUAACCAUAUUCAUCUUAGUUAUCAAAAAAUUAUUAAAAUAA